CAACGCACGUUGGCCCUCGUCGGCCGCCAUCCUCGGCGCUUCUGCGGGCCUGUCAGUCGCUGAGGUGGGACUCGGGGGCGGUAGACACUGAGGCAAAGUGCUUGGGGAAGUCUCCAGCGGUGAAGAUCGAGGUUAUCGCCAGUUGAGUGUUUUUGUUAUCUGCAAAUAAUUUUGGCCAGGUGGCAAGUGUAUGAACUGUGGAGUAAGAAGAACCUGCUUCUGCCUCUGACUUGGUGAUGAAUGAGAAUGGUGGUACUUACGCCUUUCCAUGCUUCAUAGGAGUGCUUCCAGCAUCUCACUGGCUCUCCACUGGGCGUGUUCUAGUCUACAGGAAUAAGACAUUAUCAGUACUGGAAGAAGGAGGAGGUCCCAGGCUUAGGAGAUCAUCAUUUCUGGCAGCAGCCUGACCUGAGAUAUCUGACCAUAACUUCCAGGCAGGCCAGGGGCAGACAGAAGACAGCAUAUCCUGCAGUUGCUAGCCCUUUCUUCAGAAUAGGAGAACAUGACCAAGGCCCGGGCAUCAUUAUCAUUUGAGGAUGUGGCUGUGGGCUUCUCGUGGGAGGAAUGGCAGUUACUGGCUCCAUCUCAGAAGGACCUGUACCGGGACGUGAUGUUGGAGAACUAUAGGAACCUGGUGUCAGUGGGUUAUCAAGCUAGCAAACCAGAUUCAGUCUUCCAGUUGGAGCAAGGAGAACCACCAUGGAUGGUAGAGGGAGCAGCUCAGAGUCAAACCUGUCAAGGCUAUCCAGCUACCAAGCCAGAUGUGAUCCUUAAUUUCGAGCGUGGAGAAGAGUCAUGGAGUGUAGAAGAUGAAAUGCAAUGUCAGUGCAUUUCAGGUAAGAAACGAUAUGGAUGCGAUAAAUGUGCAGUGAAUGCUUAUGAACCACUCAUGACCGUGCUUCAGAGAACUCAUGCAGGAAAGAAAUCCCAUGAAUGCUGUGAUUGUAGGAAAGCCUUUCCCAGUAAGUUAAAGCUAAUUACUCAUCAACAGACUCACACAGGGGACAGACCAUUUGGGUGCAGUCAGUGUCAAAAAGCCUUCAUUACAAAGUCAGCACUCAUCUGUCAUCAGAAAACUCAUCAUAGAGAAGGGAAAUCCUAUACAUGCAGUAAAUGUGGGAAAGCUUUUCCUUGGAAGUCAAAACUCACUUUACAUCAGAGAAUUCAUUCAGGGGAGAGACCUUUCAGAUGCAGAGUAUGUGAUAAAGCCUUUAUGGUUCAGACACAUCUGACUGUACAUCAGAGAACUCACACAGGAGAGAAACCAUAUGAAUGCUUGCAUUGUGAGAAAGCCUUCUCAAAAAAGGCUCAGCUGAUAAUCCAUCAGCGAAUUCACACAGGAGAGAGACCAUAUGGAUGUAGUCAAUGUCAAAAAGCGUUCAUUACAAAGUCAGCACUCAUCUAUCAUCAGAAAACUCGUCAUAGAGAAGGGAAAUCCUAUACAUGCAGUAAAUGCGGGAAGGCAUUUCCUUGGAAGUCAAAACUCACUUUACAUCAGAGAACUCAUUCAGGAGAGAGACCUUUCAGAUGCAAAGUAUGUGAUAAAGCCUUCAUGGUUCGGACGCAUCUCACUGUGCAUCAGAGAACUCACACAGGAGAGAAACCAUAUGAGUGCUUGGAUUGUGAGAAAGCUUUCUCAAAAAAGGCUCAACUCAUGAUUCAUCAGCGAAUUCACACAGGAGAGAGACCAUAUGGAUGUAGUCAAUGUCAGCAAGCCUUCAUCCAGAAGUCAGAUCUUACUAAUCAUAAGAAAACUCAGCAUGCAGUUGGGAAAUCUCAUGGAUGCAGUGAAUGUGGGAAGGUUUUGUCCUCUAAGUCAACUCUCAUUAUACAUCAGAGAACCCAUACAGGUGAGAAGCCCUUCAAAUGCAGUGUAUGUGAUAAAGCUUUCACAUCAAAGGCACAUCUUAUUGUCCAUCAGAGAAUUCAUACGGGAGAGAAACCAUAUGAAUGUUCAGAUUGUGAGAAAGCCUUCUCCACUAAGGCACAUCUUAUGAUUCAUCAGCGAAUUCACACAGGAGAGAGACCAUAUGGAUGCAGUGAAUGUCAACAGGCUUUCAUCCAGAAGUCAGGUCUCACUAACCAUUUGCAAAAUUGUCAUGCAAGAGUGAAAUCUCAUGGAUGCAGUGAAUGUGGAAAGGUUUUGUCCUGUAAGUCAACUCUCAUUAUACAUCAGAGAACCCAUACAGGUGAGAAGCCUUUCAAAUGUGGUGUAUGUAAUAAAGCCUUUACGGCUAAAUCCUAUCUCACUGUACAUCAGAGAAUUCAUACAGGAGAGAAACCAUAUGAAUGCUGUGAUUGUAAAAAAGCAUUUGCUACUUUGUCAACUCUCAUGGGUCACCGGAGAACUCACACAGGAGAGAGGCCCUAUGGAUGCAAUGAUUGUCAAAAAGCCUUCUUUCGGAAGUCAGCUCUUACUAAUCAUCAGCAAACUCAGCAUAGAGGAAAAUUCUCUAUGCGAUGACUGUAGAAAUGUGAGAAAUAGUUUUUGAUUAGUCCUAUCUGUUCAGAGAACUCGUAAAAUACAAAUGCCAUGAAUGCUGUGAUUAUAGUAGACCUUUCUGGAACUUCUAUAGGAAAUAAACCUUAUAGAUGCAGUGAAAGUUGUAAGCCUUUCAUCUGAAGACUCCUCCUGGUAUACCACAGGGAUCUCGCCAAAAGAGAGAAACAUUGUAAAUGCAGUGAUUGUCAAAAAUUUCAUUUGAAAGUCACAGGCUAUGUGUUUAGGAGGCAACACCCGUGAAUGCAGUGAAAGUGGGAAAUCAUUCUUUUCAAAUCACAUUUGUUAUACAUUAGAGUAUUCAUUAAGGGGAGGGACCCUGCAGUUACAGUUAGUGCAGAAAAGCCAAGAAAAAUCACAUCUCAUUGUGCAUAAAAAUUUCAGGAAUUUUGUGAUAAUGAUAGCAUUCUCUAGAAAGUCAAAACUCUUUGACCAUCUUGUACAGGAGAGACAUCCUACAGAUGCUAUGAAUGUGGUACAGUCUUCCCAAUUAAAUCAUAUCUUCCUUACAUCAGCAAACUCAAGUAGGAGGAAACCCCUAUUUAGUGUAGUAAAUGUAGUAAAGCCUUCAUCUACAUGUCAAAGCCACUAAUUAUCUGCAAAAUCAUAUAAUAGAUAAAUGCUUUGGCCACAAAACUCAUCGCAUAUCAAGAAAGAAAUGUCAUUAAUUGCAGUGAUUAUCUACAAUGCUUUAUUUACAAUUCAGAGCCUUUUAAUUUCAUAUUUUAUUGAACAGAUUAUGUUUCACAAUUUCUGAAAUGUAAAACAAAAAUAGGACUUUAAGAAUGUAGAAUAGUAAAGGGGGUGAAGUAUAUUCACACAUUUAGUGAGUUGUAAACUAGAAAGGUAUAUAAAACUCUGAGCUGGAAUCAGAGGGAAAACCUGUUCAGGACUGAAGGGAAGUCCUUGGUUUCUUAUUACAAAAAUCUCCCAUUGACUAAAGGCUAUACAAAUAAAAAUGUCAGUUUAUGAAAAAAACUCCAAAUUGCAUAAAACCCCAUUAGGCAGGAGAAAUGGCCAGGGUAAAAAGAUGUGGGCUGUGGGGGCAGCUAGUCUGCAACAGGGAUGUGGAGGGAGGAUGCGGCUCACGUCCAGGACCAGUAGGUAGGAGCAGGCUGGGAAGAAGUCCAGAGGCAGAGUUUAGUGCAUUCACCCAAAGCCCUUGCUUUCCAGUCAGAGUUUCUAGGAUGCUGAUGAUUUCCUCAAACAAGGUACAAUUCAGAGCUUUUAAUUGCUCUCUAAUACACAUAGCAGAGAGAUCCUAUUCUCAGACAAGGGAACAAUUUCUAGGUUCAGUAAAGUUAUAAAAUCCUUAAGGAUUUUAUAUCAUAUAGAAAUACUGUGAUUAUAGUCACUAAAAAUGCUUUCUAUGGUGGAUUUGAUGUCAUUAAACAUCAUAAGCUCUUAAAAAAUAUAAUUUGCUCUACACAGAGCAGUGAAUGUGGCAAAAGCAUCAGUGAUUAAUUGUGUUUUAUUUUUGUAUUUCUGGAUUUAUUUCUUCACAUCUGACCAUAUCUUCAAUUGUGAUGCAUGUUAUAGUCAAUGGAAUGUCCUCAUUUAGUUGUUACAGCUUUUCUACGUUUGAUGGCAUUUUAGAUCUGGGUAAUUAGCUAAACUUGGAAGCCAUGUAUAGAAUGAAAUUAUUUUGUAAGGGCUUAACAUAAUUGUUUUAGAAAGGAUUCCAGAGAAUAUUCUACCAAAAAUAUUAGACAUUUUCACUGCAAAUAUGAUGCCAUUUGAAUAUAUAAAAAAUAUAUAUUGUGACAAUGGUUUGUAGGAGUUAUAUUGUGGGCUAUACUAUAUAACAUGGACUUUAUGUAUUUGACUUUAUUAUAUUUUGGAAUUACAUGAAGGAACAUAAUUUUUAGGGUUUAAUAAAUUCUCAGCAUAGACAUAGAACAUUAUGUAAUAAAAUCUCAUGUAAAUAGGAAUGUUCUAUUUCCUUAUAAAUCAGAAUAUCUUGUAAUAUAUAAUUUAUCUCAAUAAGAAUUCUAAAGAAUCAGACUGUAAGUUUGCUCUCAUUUCUGCUGUCUUUUGUAGUGUUUCUGCCAAGUGUGAUGAACUAUCCUACUUGAAACCUCCAUUAUUCUAGAGCCUUAUUUCUUAGAUAUGCAAAAGUGAUAAAAGAUUUACAUGGAAUACUAAAAAAUAAGCAACAUAUGAGAUGAAGGGGGUUGAAAAGACUUGUGUUCAUGUACAUUUAUUGCAAGUGCUGUAUAAUGCAGGAACUUUGGAUUUAUUAUGAAAACAUGGGCACUAGAAACAUUUUCUCUCUUAGCAUUUCCUAAAAUGCCCAGUAUUUACUAAUAUUAAGGAUUACAUUGCAGAAAUUGGAAUUCUUGAACAUAGCUGGAAUGGAAAGUGGUUCAGUUGCUGUGGAAAACAGUUUGGCAUUUCCCUAAAAAGUUAAAUAUAGAAUUACUAAAUGACCCUGGAAUUCCACUCCCAGCUAUAUAUUCAACAAAAUUGAAAGCAGGUACUUCAGUACUUCUACAUGAAUGUUCACAGCAGCACUGUUCACAAUAACCAAAAGGUGGAAAUAAUCCAAGUGUCCACCAGUGGAUGAAUGGAUAAACAAAAUGUGGUAUGUGUAUGUAUAUACAGGUAUACACAUAUGUAUACAUAAAGGAAUAUUGAUUACCUAUACAAGUGAAGUGUUGUUGAAUGUUAUAAGUCUCAAAAACAUGGUAAGUGAAAAAAAAAAACAUGGUAAGUGAAAGUCAGACACAAAGAACCACAUAUUGUGUGAAAUGUGCAGAAUAGGUAAAUCUAUAGAGACAGACGGCAAAUUGGUGGAUUCUAGGGCCUGAGGAGAAGAGCACAUGGAAACUGAUUAAUGGUUAUGGAUUUAUUUGUUUUUUUAGAAUGAUGAAAAUGGGAACUAGGUAGAGGUGGUAGUUGCAUAACAUUGUGAAUGUAGUAAAUGUCACUGGAUUGUAUACUUUGAAAUGCUAAUUUUAUAUUAUGUGUA